UAACAGGGCUCAACUCUCACUGGAAGGAGAAAAUGGCUGUCUUUUUUAGCCUUGUAUUUUUUUUCCCUUCUGUCAAAAAAUAAGUGGCCUUUAGCAUUUCCUGUGGGUUGCUGCAGCACUGCCAGGCCUGGCUGGCUGGAGGCGAAGCCCAUCUGCCCACCGUGCUGCUAGGAGCUCCCCUGCAUGCCAGACAUGGCCCCAGCACACCACCCCCUGCCUUUAUUUUUCCUGUGAGGUACCUGGUGGACAGCCGUUGGUUCAAGCAGUGGAAGAAAUAUGUGGGCUUCGACAGCUGGGACAUGUUCGGCGCGGGCGAUCCCUGCCUAUUUCCUGGGCCUAUCGACAACUCGGGUCUCUUCGGCGAUCCAGAAACUCAGAUCUUAAAAGAGCACCUCAUUGAUGAGCUGGAUUAUGUAUUGGUUCCCACUGAAGCCUGGAAUAAACUAGUAGCGUGGUAUGGCUGCAUAGAUGGACAGCAGCCUAUUGUGAGAAAAGUAGUGGAAUAUGGUCUGUUUGUGAAGCACUAUAAGGUUGAAGUUUAUCUUCUCGAGCUGAAGCUGUGUGAGUGCAGCGAUCCUGACAACGUAAUUAGCUGUCAUUUCAGCAAAGCAGAUACUGUUGCUACCAUUGAGAAGGAAAUGAGAAAACUAUUUAAUAUCCCAGCAGAGAAGGAAACUAGGUUAUGGAACAGAUAUAUGAGUAACACUUACGAGCAGCUCAGCAAGAUGGAUAGCACUGUGCAAGAUGCAGGGCUCUACCAGGGUCAGGUUGUUCUAAUAGAAGUGAAAAAUGAAGAUGGCACAUGGCCUGGACAGCAUUUCCUGGCAAAAUCAAGCACUGCAACUAGCAGAAACUUUACUACCUCUUCAAAAUCAUCAGCAAGUUCUUAUUCCUCAGUGUCUACCACUUCUGUCAUUACUAACGGUGAUAGCAGUAACUCCUAUGGACUGAACAGCUCCCACCUGGGCAGGGGAGGUUCUGGGUUUGUCUGUAACUCUUACAACUGCAGGGACAGUGCUUCCUUGUCGCAGCCUGGACUCUGUGGACUCAGUAACCUUGGAAACACCUGCUUCAUGAAUUCUGCACUACAGUGUCUGAGCAAUACCCCUCCUCUAACUGACUAUUUCCUGGAAGAUAAAUAUGAAGCUGAAAUAAAUCAGAACAAUCCACUGGGAAUGAGAGGAGAAAUUGCAGAAGCCUAUGCAGAGCUCAUCAAACAGAUUUGGUCUGGGAGACAGUCUCAUGUGGCCCCACGUAUGUUUAAAACACAGGUUGGCCGAUUUGCUCCCCAGUUUUCGGGGUACCAGCAGCAAGAUUCGCAGGAGCUUUUGGCUUUUCUUCUAGAUGGCUUGCAUGAGGAUUUGAACAGAGUGAAGAAGAAGCCCUACUUGGAGCUGAAGGAUGCCAAUGGCAGACCUGAUUCGGAGGUGGCAAAAGAGGCCUGGGAGAAUCACAGGUUGAGGAAUGAUUCUAUCAUUGUGGAUAUUUUUCAUGGUCUAUUCAAAUCCACCCUUGUUUGUCCCAAAUGUUCCAAAGUUUCUGUAACCUUUGAUCCCUUCUGCUACUUAACCCUUCCACUGCCCUUGAGAAGAGAUCGUCUCAUGGAAGUUACUCUGGUAUACGCAGACCCGCAGCGUAGACCUGUUCAGUACCGGGUCGUGGUGCCAAUGAUGGGGGCCAUCUCAGAUCUCUGUGACUCACUCUCCAGACUCUCUGGUGUUCCUGCAGAAAAUAUGGUGGUGACAGAUGUGUAUAAUCAUCGAUUCCACAAAAUCUUCCAAAUGGAUGAAGGUUUAAAUCAUAUCAUGCCAAAAGAUGACAUCUUUGUAUACGAAGUUUGCAAGCCCAGUGAGGAUGGCUCCGAAUACGUUACGCUCUCUGUUUACUUUCGGGAAAAGACAAUGAGGCAAUCCAGCAGUACUUCAGCGACCAUACUCUUUGGUCAGCCACUAUUAAUAUCUGUGCCGAAGCACAAGCUGACUGUGGAUCACUUGUACAGUGUCGUUUUGGAGCAAAUCAGCCGCUACGUGAAGCUCCCUUUGGCAGAGGAAUACUCUACACCCUGCCCAGACAAAGGAACCUGCAAUGGCUCCAGUGGGGUGGUUGAAGGUGACGUUGAAGAGAUGGAGCACCAGGAUGGUGGACAGGAAGCCAGGGAGAAGGUGGCAGAAGUUGAUCCCUGCCACUCUGAGGGCUGUAUGCAGAUUGAGUCAGCAAGAGACCUGCAGCCCUGCAAGAAGCAGCACUUCACUUUUAGCCUCGUGAAUUCCUCCGGGACCUCUGAGAUAAACUCCAUUGUAGAAGGAAAAAUCUUAAAACUGAAUGCUUUUUCUGCAGUUGCUAUUGACUGGGAUUCUGAUACACGGAGACUACUUUAUGAUGAGCAGGAAGCCCAGGCAUUUGAAAAACAUGGAAGUAUGUUACAAGCACAGAAGAAGAAAGCUGUGGUAGCCCUCAGAGACUGCAUAGAGCUCUUCACUACUAUGGAAACACUGGGUGAACAUGACCCAUGGUACUGCCCUAACUGUAAGAAACAUCAACAAGCCACAAAGAAGUUUGACUUGUGGUCUUUACCCAGGAUUUUGGUAGUGCAUUUAAAACGCUUCUCAUACAGCAGAUACUGGAGGGAUAAGCUUGACACCGUUGUGGAAUUCCCUAUCAGGGGUUUAAACAUGUCCGAGUUUGUCUGCGACCCAAGAGCAAGCUCAUAUGUGUAUGACCUCAUUGCAGUUUCCAAUCACUAUGGAGCCAUGGGAGUGGGCCACUAUACUGCCUACGCAAAGAACAAAGUGAAUGACAAGUGGUACUACUUUGAUGACAGCAGCGUCUCCGUGGCUUCAGAAGACCAAAUAGUGACAAAAGCUGCCUAUGUGCUGUUUUAUCAGCGCCGAAACAGUGAGGAACAUACUGCCCCAUCUCGUCCCCAAGAAGAGUGUGACGGCAUGGAUACCAACUAGACAGCACCUCCAGCACUCAUGUUAGUGGGCACUCUCUCAAAGCCAUGCCUGAGGCAUCUGAAAAUUUUUCUUCCUUCUAUAGGAGUCAAGCAGAAAAUCUAGCGCUGAAAGAUUCAGUGCUGGGGGUUGCAGAAUAGCACUGGAGAGCCAGGAAUAGGUGCUGACACUAUUUAGAGGCCAAAAAUAAUAUAUAUUGGAGCUUCAAUAAAGUUCUUUUUAAAAUCUGGCUGAGCUGUGUGGCUAGAGGCUGGGCUGGGCUGUGGGGCUGAGGGUUGUAGCUGAGGUCUGGAGUACAGCCUGAGCUGGAGGCCAGGUCACAGCUGAGCCUUGCAGGAGCCCAUGAAGGAACGUGGUGGGUACGAUUCUGUGAAUCGAUGUCGGGGCUUCCUGCUGGCUCUCUGGUAUUGCUUUUGGGCCCUACCUGUGUCAGGGAGGCUUGCUGCUGCACCCUUUCUGGAAGCUCAGCUCAGAUAUGUCUACAUCUGGCUUGUCUGUUGCAGUCUCUGCCAUUGUACUUUGGUCCCCUUGCUAAGCAGCAGAUGCUUGUCUUGUGUCCUCUCACUGAUGCAUUUGAGGCUUUUCUGGGCAGGUUUGACUCAGCCUUUUUCAUGUGAGCAGUGAACCUGUAAUAUAGGAAACCUGACCAGAAUCAAAUCAUACCUGCCUAUGGUAUGGCACACGUGCAGGCUGAUGUGCACAGUGAUGCAGGAUGCAGCUGCUGUGGCUCCCAUUCUUCUGCAGAGAAAAUAUCAUCCAUAAGGUUGGCCAUUUCUUGUCUUCUCCAUCCAUCUCGUGCACUCCUCACUUCCAGGCUGCUCUGUAAGCACUUUUCUGCCUCCACCCUUUUUCCUAUGGCCUGUGCAAUGGCAGCAUUUUUAUCUUUGUUUGCUCAUUUAUGUAACUCCUCGUAGCUUUUUCUCCAGCAAAGCUCAGCAUUGUGUCCUCAGAGUUGUCACCUGUAAGGCUGACAGCCCAAUUGUGUGAGUUUUCAGCCUUUUCUCUUGCAACCUUUAGACUUGUUUUUUGGACUGUUCUUUCAGCCUUUCUCCUCCUUUGAGUGAUGCUCUUGAAGAUGCCCACCCCAUCAUGUUCUGUGAGGCUGCAGGUGUGACAGUCCUGUCUGAGGUCUCUCUGCUUGAGCUGUUCAGUAAUUGUGCUCCAUCCUUUGAUGCAACUGGCAAAUGCUCCCUCUGCCUUUACUGUCUUGUGUUACUUGUAGGACUCAAGUCUAGCUCUCUCCUUGAGUGAGGACUCCUGUAAGUGCUAGAUCAGGUCACUCCUCAGUGGAGAACUGUUUUUACAUGUGAAAAAUGGGAAAAAUCUAGAGCCUUAGUCUGUGUUUUAGGGACAGAUCUAGAUCAAGGUGGUGAACCAAACAAGAGGGUUGUUUUUUUUUUCUGGGAGCCAAGAAUGUUGCAAGAAGACUAAGACAGGCUCCAGCCCUGCUUUUUUCCCCUCCUCUGAAACACAUGCUUGCAGCCACUCUGUCCUCUGUGCACAGCACUGUGGCUUCACUGCUGACCUUCUCCCAUGGUCAGUUUAACAGUGCUCGGCCAUUAACUGUUACUGCAGCUCUGGGGGCCAAACCCCACAGGAAAUGGCUGUGUGCCUGUCCCUGCACUGCUGCUGUGCUGCAGCCCAGCACAAGCCCAGGGGCCAGCAUGAGGAGGGCUGGCUGUAGCUACACUCUACUGCUGUGAUCCUCCUCUGCAGAGUUUUGCUUUGAAAACAUUGACAUUUGAAUUUUGAGAUCAGAAUUGCUUAAUUGCUUCUGCUGUUAAACUUUUGGGGUGUUUGGGGCUUUUACAACUCUUAAUGUUGUAUUACUGGUUUUCCUUCCUUGUUCCUGAGGGGAGCAUCCAAAAAGCAAUUCCCAAGCUGUAGCACUGCACUGAAUUACUCUGAUCAGCAUUUUCUUUUGUUCAUUUUACCCUGAAUGAAAAUCAUGUGGGCAUUCCCAAACGGGGGAAGAGAGGAAAGGGAGAGGAGUAAAAAGACCUUUUGAAAAGAUAAAUAUCCUUUGUUCUCUUCCUCACCUCCCUACCUGUGCUGAUGCUCAGAAACGCAUCAGUGGGGCUAAAUCUCCGAUGCUGAGAUGCUGAACAGACUGUUGUAAUGCAGAAAAAGUGGCCCAGCUCUUGCUUUCUCUGCGUCUGAGCUGAUGGGCUUCAGCUGCUGUGUGUGUGCUGUAAUAGCAGACUUGUUUUUUAGACUAGCACUUUGUAAGUGGCUGGCUCUAUUGUACAAAGAGGAAAAUUAAAUGAGUGGUUUGCACUGAAA